AUGGAGACAAAGGGGCAAAAUUGACCAAAACUAUCCACUCAUUUUACCCUACUUCCGCAACUUUCUUAAAAUAGAAUCCCAAUACAUACCAACCCUAAAACAGCGACGGCGUCUCACCUCAUGACCACCGUCGCAGACAGCAGCGACGACGAGAUCAAUCCGGUCACAAUGCUAUUACUAAAUCAAAAUGACGACCUUUCUGAACAAAAACCUGAAGCAGUUCCUACACUUGUUCAACACCAAACCUACCACCUGAACUCCGUCAACUCCACCGUCGUAAUCCGUCAACUUCCGUCGCAAGGCCUCUCCUUCCAACUCUGGCCUGCCGCCACUACUUUCGUCAAACUCCUCGACUCUUACAAUCCUUCCAACACGGAUUCAUUCUCCGCCGCCGUCACUAACGCCGUUACUACCGUCAACUGCCGAAAACGCCUCCGUAUUCUGGAACUAGGAUCCGGCACCGGCGUCGUCGGAAUCGCGGCUUCUGCAAUACUAGGUGCUGACGUCACGGUGACGGAUCUACCGCACGUGCUGCCGAAUAUAAAGUUCAAUGCUGACGUCAACGCGAGUGUGGUAGGUCCACGUGGCGGUGGAGUACACGUGGCGGCGCUUAGUUGGGGGAAAGUUGAGGAAAUGGAAGCUGUAGGGAGAGAGUAUGAUUUGAUUAUUGGUUCGGAUGUGGUGUAUCAUGAUAACUUGUAUGAGCCGUUGAUUGAGACGUUGAAGUUUUUGUUGUUGGGAGAUGGUGAGAAGGUGUUUUUGAUGGCCCAUUUGAGGCGGUGGAAGAAGGAAUCGGGUUUUUUCAAGAAGGUGAAGAAGUGGUUUCGGGUUGAUUUGGUCCAUGAAGAUGGUCCCUCAGAUGGUUCUAGAACUGGUGUUGUUGUUUAUCGGUUUGCUAGGAAAGAUGCUGUUUUUAGAUAGUAUUUGCAAAAUGUGGUGUUUUUUCCUUUGUUUUCUAUAUGCAUUUACUACUUGUACUGUACAACUAAGCGAUACAUAGUCGGGUCGCCUAAGGUUGCAAUCGAGCCAAGCCGAGAUUCGCUCCAUGUUUUUUUACAAUACAAGAGAACUUUUGCUCA